AUGUCUAUCGUUAACACAACAGAGUGUAUAAUUUGUUAUAAUGAAUAUGAUACUGAUUCACGAAAACCUUGCAUCGGUACAUGUGGCCACUCAAUUUGUGAAAAUUGUAAACAUCAGAUGGUCUCUUCAAAAUGUCCGCAGUGCAACCGAGAAGAAGCUUUUGCAAUUACCACUAUCAAUUAUCAAGUUUUAGAACUAAUUAAGCACUUCAAAAGCAUGCAAGCGGGCGGAUCAUCGUCAGGACAAUCGUUAUUAGAUGAUGCAAAAGGUCUCGACGAAGGAACUUGUAGUGAAUGUACAUUAAGGUCUCGAAAACUGAGGUUAUGUGUCACUUGUGCGGUAAAAGCCGGAGUAUUAAAACAUGACGAAAAGAAAAAGGAGUUUGUCCUGAAUGUUGAGAACAACGAUAUAGAAGCAGCUCUGCAGAGAGCCAAGAAAAUUGCAAUUUGUGGGGAUUGUGCACUAGAUGGAGUUCAACACGAAGGUCACAAAACCAUGCAAUUGGCUGUUUUGAAAAACAAUUUGGAAGACAAAGUACCCGCUUCUGUUGAGGAGAAAGUGAAUCAAAUGCAGAAAAACGCUGAUCAAAUAUGCGAAGAAUUGGCUGAUAAAUUCAAGGGAACAAUUAACUCGCUUAAAAAAUACUUUGAGCACUUCAACCUAUUGCCCGCUACCGAAAGGAAAAUACAUUUCAAUAAUAUCGAAGCAAGCAUAGAAAAAGUGAAUGAUACUAUGUCACUGACUAGAGAUGCUGUGAAAAGACUGGACAUAUUGAAUAAUGAGUUUCAAGAUAGUGCAGAUGUAGUCAAAAACAAUGCAAAAGCAGUCACAAAAGCUACUACCGUGUUUGUAAAUAUGGAUCCAGUUCUUGUCGCAGACCGCAAACAAAGUGCCCGCGAACCACUUCUCAUUGGUCUCUUCAAUCCAAAAGACAACGUUUGGACACCAGUUGGACGAAUGCCGAACCCGAAAUCAAACUAUGCGGUGGCGAGUAACAAAUCGCAAAUCUUCAUAGUCGGAGGAAUGAACAAUGGAUCAUGGCUUCAGAACGUUGAGAUGUAUGACAAGGACAAGAAUUUGAGACGAGAUUGCAAUCGAUUAAAACGUGGUCGAACUCGUACAUCUGCCGGAUUCCACAACAGCAAAAUGUAUGUCGCCGGAGGAUACGAUAGCACGUAUAUGAGUUCCGUCGAAAUUUUCGAUCCGGAUCAUGGAGAUUGGAGAGACGGACCGAAUCUUCGACGGCCUAGAGCGGAUGGAGCAGUAGUUUCAUGUAAUGGGGAACUUUAUGUUCUUGGAGGUUUCAAUGGAAAAGAGUACGAAGAGAAAAUCGAAAAAAUGAUCGAUUCAACACAAAGGUUUGAAGAAGUUGGUGAAAUGCAAGGGAGUCGAGCUGGAUUUGCUGCAUGUGCAUUCCGUGGUAGAAUUUAUAUUGCUGGUGGAUGGAGUAACUCGAGUAAUACGUUGAGAUCUGUCAGAAGUUAUGACCCGAUGACGAACUCAUGGAGAGAUGAACCAUCGUUGAAUAAGGACAGAAAAUACUUUACACUUCAUGCAACGAGUAAAACGAUAUAUGCUAUUCGCGGGUGUGCCGAUAGUUGGAGUUUGAUCAACGAAGUGGAGAAGUUCGAUGCAGAUGGACAGAAAUGGGACAUUAUCAGCUGUUCUGCUGUUACAUCCAACGCGAACACUUCGCAGACUUCACAAACAAAUGAGCAGCAGGCUGUCACUUGA